UUGAAAUGUGAUUUAAUGGCUUUUGUCUUUGUACUGCUGCAGAAUAUUAUUCACUCCACAUUUAAAUGAUUAAAAGUGUUUUAGUGAAGCUUCAUCAAACCAACAUCAAGUGAUUUUAAUCUGUGAAAAACUCUGUUCUUCAGGUGUGUCUGGUGAUGAUGAAGUGAAGUCAGUGUCUGUUCGGUCUGGAAAUUUCGUCACUCUAAAAUCUGGUCUUACCGAAAUGAAGGAUGAUGAUGUGAUCCAGUGGAGGUUUGGAAAUGAAAACUCUUUAAUAGCUGAAAUCAAUAAACGGGCCGACAGAAUCGCUGUAUAUGAUGAUGUUCCUGAUGGGAGAUUCUGGAACAGACUGAAGCUGGACAAACAAACUGGAUCUCUGACCAUCACAAACAUCAGAACUGAACUCUCUGGACUUUAUAAACUACAGAUCAACAGUGUGAUCAAGAGUUUCAGUCUCACUGUCAUUGGAUUAUUAAGUUUUACACGUCCACGGAAGUCAGUGUCAGUGAAGGAGGGAGAUUCAGUCAUUUUCAGAAUUGAUUUUCUUAAAAUUCUGGAUAAUGAUGUGAUUCAGUGGAGGUUUAAAAACACUUUAAUAGCUGAAAUCAAUAAACGGGCCGACAGAAUCACUGUAAAUGAUGAUGUUCUUGAUGGGAGAUUCAGAGACAGACUGAAGCUGGACAAUCAAACUGGAUCUCUGACCAUCACAAACACCAGAACUGAACAUGCUGGAGUUUAUCUACUACAGAUCCACCAUACGAGGGUUGAUUUCUAUCUCACUGUCUAUAAUGAAGUAUCAGUGAAGAAGGGAGAUUCAGUCACUCUAAACUCUGGUCUCACUGAAAUGAAGGAUGAUGAUGUGAUUCAGUGGAGGUUUGGAUAUAAUAACACUUUAAUAGCUGAAAUCAAUAAACGGUUCAACAGCUUCACUGUAUAUGAUGAUGUUCUUGAUGGGAGAUUCAGAGACAGACUGAAGCUGAACAAUCAAACUGGAUCUCUGACCAUCACAAACAUCACAACUGAACAUGGUGGAGUUUAUGAACUGCAGAUCAACAGUGUGAGAAAGAGAUUUCUUCUCACUGUUUAUUGUGAGUUAAAUAUUGGUUUAAUUUAUUUUAUUUAUUGCAGCAUUGAAGUAAAUCUAAAGAAGUAUCAAAUUACUUUUAAUGACUAAUUAACUUUUUUUCAGGUUUCUAUAUCAGAUUGUUUUUAAAUGUUCUACUUUUGAUCAUCUUGGUUCCUCUCGA